GUUGAGUGUGGCCCGGCCGCCAUGUUGAGCGUGGCAGCAAACGGCGGGCAGGCCCUGCGCGCUCCCUCGGCCCGCGGGCACUGCCAGCGUCUGUCGGCGCCCCCGCCCCGCCCGGGGCACCAGCUCCAGGAGGAGAGGAUUUCUCUUAAACAACUCACGCCUGCUGUGCCGUGUCUGGAGCUGGAGCUGAACGGAGCCGCCAGGAGGGCACGUGUGAGAGGAGCCACUGUUGCAGGUUGGAGGCUUCAGCUGCCCCAGCUCUGGAGGCCUUGCCAGUGCUGGCAGGGUGUGUACAAGCCCACCCCAGAGCACAGACUGGCCCAGCCUGGCCUCCCUGUGCAGAAUGUCCCUCCGUGAGCACGCACUGUCCCUGUUCCGCAGCGCGGUGGGCACCGUGCGCCCAGCCCCAAUGAUGAAGAGGGCUCUGAAACUCCAGGGGAAUGGGUGCCCUCAGCUGCUGGUGAAGGGCCAGACCUUUCCAGUGAAGAGAGGCCUCUACCUGGUGGGUUUCGGAAAAGCUGUGCUGGGGAUGGCUGCAGCAGCAGAAGAGAUCCUGGGAGACCACCUCGUCCGUGGGGUCAUCAAUGUGCCACUCGGCAUCCAGGAGAGUCUGCAGCGAGCAGGAAUGCAGGAGAUGCUGCUGAAGCCACACAGCAAAAUCCAGGUCAUUGAAGGUGCCAAGAACAACCUCCCAGAUGCAGAGGCUCUGAAGGGAGCUGUUGCCAUACAGCAGCUGGCUGAGGGUCUGACUGCGGAUGAUCUGCUCCUUGUGCUUAUCUCAGGGGGUGGAUCAGCCCUGCUGCCUGCUCCCAUCCCUCCCAUCCUCCUCAAAGAGAAGGAGAAACUCACAAAGACGCUGGCUUCCCGAGGAGCUGCCAUACAGGAGCUGAACAUUGUCCGGAAGACUCUGUCUGUGCUGAAGGGUGGAGGGCUGGCCCAGCUUGCAUAUCCUGCACGGGUGGUGAGUCUCAUCCUGUCUGAUGUGAUUGGUGACCCCCUGGAUAUCAUAGCAAGUGGGCCCACUGCUGCCAGCUCCCACAGUGUCCAAGACUGCCUUCAGGUACUUGCCAAAUACAACCUGCUGCACAACCUGCCCAAGUCAGUGGAAACAGUCCUCUCCAGUUCUCCCAACAAGCCCACUGCUCCAGAAAACUACUCCCAUGUUUCCAACAUCAUCAUUGGCUCAAAUACACUGGCUUUAGACGAGGCCAAACGCCACGCUGAGGGCCUGGGCUACGCUGCUCUGGUUCUGAGUGCGGCCAUCCGUGGGGAAGUCGGCCGUGUCGCCACGCUGUACUGCCAGCUGAUCCGCCUGGUCUGCCUGGGCCUCGCCGGCCUCGCAGAAGGGCCCCUCAGUGCUGAGGUGAGGGGCGAUCUCCUGCAGCUGGUGGCAGAGCUGGAGAUCCCAGGUUUGGACCUUGCACAGUUUCUGCAGGCCGUGCGAGGAUUAGGGCCUGAAAGACCAGUCUGCAUCCUGGCCGGCGGAGAAACCACAGUCCAGCUCCAAGGAAGCGGCAAGGGAGGGAGGAACCAGGAGCUGGCCCUGCGCGUGGGGCUGGGGCUGCACAGGGCACAGGCCACGGAAGGCAGCAGCCCCCAAGGGAGGUGUGAGAUCAUCUUCUUCAGCGGGGGAACGGAUGGGCAGGAUGGGCCGACGGAGGCAGCGGGAGCCUUCUGCAGCCCAGGGCUGGUGGCUGAGGCGCUUCAGGAGGGCCUGGACGUGGAGGCCUUUCUCAGGAACAAUGACUCCUACACCUUCUUCAGCCAGUUCCAAGGUGGGCAUCACCUCCUGGUGACAGGCUUGACCGGCACCAAUGUCAUGGACAUCCAGGCCAUUUUAAUUAGAGCCAUGGAGAGAUCAUGA